GUCAGUUCUUGCAGGAGCCAGACGUGCUCAUCUACAAUGAGAGACCAGGACAAGAUCCCGGGAAAUCUGAUGCCACCAUGGAAGUGAAAGGCCACAAGCUGACCGUCACGCGAGGCCUGCAAAAGGAUUAUCGCUCGGACCGGGUGUUUGGGACCAACGUCCAGUGUUGGUUUGUCCAUAACAACGGCAAAGGGUUCCUGGAUGGCCACUACCGAGAUUACCUGGUCCCUCAUUUAUACAGCUACCUGAAGCGCAUCUGAAGGCUCGGCAGGGCAAGGGAACUCUCCGAAUGGCCACGCAACUCAUCCUGUAGCAAAUUCACAGCCUUUGGGAAGGGCUUCGUGGCGGGCUGCUCCAGCCUAAUACUGCACACAUUCCUUUUCCACCACCAUCCCCCCUCCCCCCCCCAAAAUUAUCCUCUCCAGGGGUAUUUGGACUUUGUGUCACUGGGACUGCUUGUGGUGAACGCAAACCAAAAAUCCCACUUUCGAGCAAAGUUGCAUUUGGAAGCAAAUGUGACCCCAAGGGUGCUGGAGAAACACAGAAAGUUUGUUUAUUUUUCUCGACUGUAUAAAGACCGUGU